AUCAUUUAGGAUAUAAAAAAGAGUUCUUGGGUUUAGAUAUGUAAAUUUUGAGUAAAUCAGUUCAGCGCAUUCAGCACUAACCCAGCAGCACACCAGACGUUCUAUUCUGCUUUAGAACAAUGCAACUGUUGUAUUUAUCCUUCGUUUUUCUGUUUGGGGCAGUCAGUUGCAUUAGGGAUUGUGAAAUAUUCCAUUGUUUCCCUGAUGUAGAUUUUGAUUUUUAUGAUUUGCCAAAUGAGGAGCGGCUGCACAAGUUAUGUCCUGACAUACUAAAAGGUCUUGAAUGCGCUGACGAAACCAUGCUUUCAUGCACCGGAUCGAAUUUAAGGGAACUGGCAAAAUCAUCCAAUGUAACUAUUGCCCAAUUUGCUGAAGAUAUGAUCUCCGUAAGAGACUUUUUCGCAGAUCUGUGCUUCGAAAAUUCUAAUUUGCAUGAAGCUUAUGUUCAAAGUUAUGCAUGUGUUUCCGAAUACUUUUCAUCUCCAAAACAUACUUGCAACGCUUUAGAACAGGCUACGUACGAAGCUUACAAAGAACUGCUCAGUGAAUUACCAGAAGAACAAAAAUCAAGUCUUCCAUCAGCAGACAAUAAAUGCUUGAGCGAGGCUUAUUACUUUUAUUGCGUUGCUAAACAGAUUAAGAUGAAAUGUGGCGAACCUGGCAGGUAUCUUUUCGAAUCGAUGAUACUGAGAACCAUGGGGUUUGCUAUCGAAGGUUGUCGAAAGGAAGAGUUAGCGGAUAUUAAACAAAAGUUCCUUGAAUCCUUGGACGUAACAGGGGAACGCAAAGAUUACUUUCUUGAAGCAUUCGAAGCAAUAAUGAAGAGAAAGUGAAUAAUUUCGUGAAAAAAUUUCAGGAUGGAAUUUUCAGAAUUAUCAAGUCAAGCAAUUUUGUGAACACUUUUACCAAUGCUCUGUAAUAUCUAAUUGAAACCAUUAAAAUAUAUUGUGCAUAUAUAAA